AUGUCUGUAUAUUCAGGAUUUGCAACGAGAUAACAGGAAACCUUCUAUACUAAGUUAAUAGAGAAACUUAUAGAAAUACUUUAGCAAAAAGUGCUGAGUGCUUAUCAAUUAACGUUCUUUGAUGAGAGAAUGUUUGCUAAGAAGAUAGUAAAGAUUCAUAAAACUCUAAAUCUACUUGAAAAACAAAAGUAUCUAGAGCCGUUUAAUUCUUAUAUCCAAUCUCAGGUUAAAUUUUCUUAGCAGCAUUAAAUUAAUCAUCAAAGAUAGCUGUCAUCUUAAUAAAAGUAUACUGUAACUAGGGGAAUUAAGGAAACAGUAGAUGAACAUGAUGAGGAAGAAGACUCUCCAAAUAAAUCUUAGACUUAAUUGCUUUAUCACAAUACUUCUGAGUUAGCUUAAAGGAAGCCAAAGGUUAUCAAAAAAACUAGAGAAAGAUUUACUGCCCAGCAAUCAACAAGAAGGUAUCGUGAUUAGCUAGACUUAAAUAAAACCUCUAAUAUUUAUACAGCAAAUAACAGAAACUAUGUUAAUUAUGAUGAAUAAAACUAACUCAAUAAUAAUGAAAGUUUAAGUUAUGGACCUAACAGUGAUAAUAGAUAGUAAUUUUUUAAUCAAAGAAAUAAUAGUAGUGUUAGUUAGGAACAAAAGAAGAGACAUCGAGUUAAUAGUACAUAGUAAAAAUCUUACAAUUAAUCUGGAAUUGGAAUGGGUAUAUUUAGCAAGGAGUAUGGCAAUGUCAUGACAUUAGCUUAAAGUUAAAGCCCUUCCAAAAAAGAAGCCAACUAUGCAAGCGCUAAUAUAUAUCAAAGAGCAAGGAUUAGUGAGCAAAUUAAUUAAAUCUAACGUUAAAAAAUAGAGCCCUUAUCUUAGGGUGUAAGCCCUCAUAAUGUAUCCACUGAUUAAUAGAAGAGUUACAAUAAUACUCAGUUAAUUUCAGAAGGGUUACAAGAUAUGAUGCUCUAGAGAAAACCAAAGCCUACUUAAAUAUAAAAAUUCAAUAUGAUAGUGAAGAGAAAGUAGAAAAAUAGCAAAUACAUUAGUUAGGUUAAUAAUAAUAGUAAUAAUCACACUUUAGAUGAUUUCUUUUAUUCUUAAAGCUAAUAACAGCCAUAAUAGACGAAUAAAAGUCAUCUUCCCUCAUCUGUUGAUAAAAGAUUUAGUGAUAACAGACCACCUCUUAAUCUUUCAAAAAUCUCAGCAACUGAUCAAAGAAUGUAGUAUAGUUACAAUGAUAGUGCAUUAACUUAUAACACGAGUCAAAGCGUAAAUACAUCAAAGGUAUUAUAAAAUUAAUAGCAAAGUAAACGAAACACUAGUAGGAAUAAAGCAAAUUAAAAUCUUUAAACCGCUCUAGGCUCAUAAAAUGCUAAUCUUAUGAAUACAGGUAACUCUUCUGUAAAUUAGGCAGAUACAUCUAGAGGAGUUGGCGUAGGGCUUAUUGGAACUGGAAGCACACCUGGUGGUCCGAAUAACUAACAACUAACAAAUCUAACUUUUAACAUAAUUCUCUCCUGA